GUUCCUGUUUGACCCGCACGAUGGGAAACUGAAAGCUGUAUGCGCGCUUCAGGAGUUUUGACUGCGAAAAGUACAGUAAUCCAACAUGUGGUCGAGACAAUGGAGUCAGAAAUAAAAUAACAGUGGUGACUCAAGCGACAGGCCUCAGUAGGACUCCAUCAAGCCGAGGGUGCCGCAACAGAAAUGGCAAACCUGAACUGGAAGCCGUUUAUCUACGGGGGAAUGGCCUCAAUUGUCGCAGAAUUCGGUACCUUCCCCAUUGAUCUGACAAAAACACGGCUGCAGGUUCAAGGGCAGACCCACUGUAUGGAGGUCCGCUAUCGGGGCAUGUUCCACGCUUUGUUCAGGAUCGGACAGGAAGAAGGCAUCCGGGCAUUAUAUUCCGGGAUUUCCCCUGCACUGCUUCGUCAGGCUUCAUAUGGGACAAUCAAGAUCGGUACAUACAACACACUAAAGAAACUGUUUGUUAGCCAUCCUGAAGAUGAGACCAUGGUGAUUAAUGUGUUCUGUGGUGUAGUUUCUGGAGUUUUGUCAUCCUCUUUGGCUAAUCCCACUGAUGUUCUAAAGAUCAGAAUGCAAGCUCAAGGCAGUCUGUUACAAGGCAGUAUGAUGUCUAACUUCAUCAACAUUUACCAGACAGAAGGCACUCGAGGCCUGUGGAGGGGUGUCAUUCCCACAGCACAAAGAGCAGCCAUUGUGGUGGGUGUGGAGCUACCGGUCUAUGACAUCACCAAAAAGCACCUGAUCCUUUCAGGCCUGAUGGGAGACACGGUUUUCACACAUUUCAUUUCCAGUUUCACAUGUGGUCUGGCAGGGGCUCUGGCCUCCAACCCAGUGGACGUUGUGAGGACACGUAUGAUGAACCAGCGUGUGCUUGCUGGUAACCCUCUGUACAAAGGUACCCUAGACGGACUCAUGCAGACCUGGAGAAAUGAGGGCUUCUUUGCUCUUUAUAAAGGCUUCUGGCCCAACUGGCUGCGUCUGGGGCCCUGGAAUAUCAUUUUCUUCAUCACAUUUGAGCAGCUGAAGAAGCUUCCAUUGUAGUUGAGUGAAUCUGUGACUCUUCGCUGGACUGUGUGCGCGUAAAUGCAAGGCUUCUGUUGUUAAGCAUUCACCGUCCCAUCUCCAUCACUCACCUGUAUGUUUAUUUAAGAGCUUGUUUUAUUUUGGUUCUCAUUUGUAUUUGUACAUAUUUGACAUUUUAAGACACUCCUUUUUGCACCAUUAUUCCUUGAAGUCCUGGCAGCUAUCUCAUCUGUCAGCGCUAAUGCUUAGAAGCCCAGUGGAGUUACAAUAAUGUAUGCUUGGCCAGCUUGUAGCCACACAGGUGUACAUUUGAGGGAAAGGGCUAUAUGUUAAACUGGAAUCCACCAGGCACUGUUUGUUGCCUCUGGCUUGGGAGUUUGGCAUCUUUUUGUGCAUAGCAUAUACUGAAUUUUACUGAAGACUGGUCCGCUGGAUGGGAAUGUAGAAGGAGCAGUAGUUUAGUGUUUAAUUAAACACUGCUUGUGAAAGGAAGCAGAAGCUGUUUCAUAUAAGAACCCAUAGAAAUAUUUGAGGUCAACACACACCAAAUUAGGCUUAAAAGCUUUUAAAUGACAAGGGUAUAAAUUAGUUAUGGCUUCAAUAACAGGAAUGCCCUUUUGGAUUAUGCAUACAGUGCAGACGUGAUUGGUUGUCUGUGUUGCAAACCAUGAAUAUUGUAUCUUUGAACACCAUGUGCACAAAAAGUGUUGUUCCCUCCAUAUUCGAAAUUUCAAAGACCUCUUUAUGGUGUCGAAGACCUCUGUGAUAUUGCACAAGAUAUGUACUGUUUUUUUUGUUUUCUGUGAUAUCUUUAUUGCCAUUUACAUGUGCAUGUGUGUUUGUAUGUAGAGUGUGAGUGGUUGUGUUCAGUGAAACACAUGCAAAAUGUCAAAUAUUUUGGCAGGCGUCAAAGUGUGUAAGUACUGCUACUGUACGAUAGAAUAAAAUAUUAGCAUAUACAAAGUUUUUUGGUUUAAAUCAGACUUUGUGAAAAAAGGGUGGGAUGCAUUUUGGGUGCUUGCCUUAUUGCCAAAGUGUACAUGUAUUGAACCAGAACUAUAUUGUUGUUGCUACAUUGUGAGUUUUCAAAAGUGAUGCAUUAUUAUUAUUGGGUAAGUACUGUUAUAUAUUCAUUACUGUUUGACAUCAAUAUUUCAAGCCUUAUCACUUGCUUUAAUAUGUAUGCCUUCGUCCGAUCUGUUUAUGCUUCCUGAUGUGCUAGUCAAAUUGAAUAAUUAUACUUAAACAUUUCAGCUAUGAUUUAUAGUGAGCCCUUGUGAACACUUGUAACAUGCUCAUUAAUAAAUCAAACUGUACUGUACACUUCUAAGCAAACAUUAAGUCUUGCGAUUUGCAUAAAGAAAUAGUUCACCCAAAAAUGUAAAUUCUGUCGUUUACUUAAUAAUUACCCUCAUGUUGUCCAUAUGACUUUCUUCCAUGGCACGCAAAAGAUGAUGUUAGGUUUUUUUUGGAUGUUAGGUUUCUUUUUCCAUACAAUUAAAUUAACUGAGUGAGGCUGGCAUGCUGCCCAAAAAGGCUGUCAAAUUAAAAUUUGAAAUCAAAUAUUCGUUGAAUAAAAAAAAAAAAAUCACAUUCAAAUGCUUAAAUGGUGCUUUCAAAUUCUGAAUGUGUGCCAAGCACUGAUGAUAACCUAGGUACUGUUCAGACCGAUCACGGCAUCUACAAAACACAGCAUUCCUUCACAAGACACUUAAAAAACAGCAAGAUGCAAAGCAACAGUCAAAAACAUCAGUCUGGUGCAUGUUGACACAAACCAUUGAAAAAUGGUGACACAAAAAGGUGUUCGGUGUGAUUUACCCCUUAGGUGGAGGUCUUUGGCUGUUGCGUCUUGCAGCAUAAGCAAUGCAUUUUAAAAACACUAUUUCAAAUUGAAAGGAGUUUUUGCAAGGAGUUUAGAUUCAUUGCGCCCUUUUGUGUGACUUUGGAGACAAUAUUGAUUAAAAAAAUCUGAGAAGGUUAUAGCUGCAGGCCAAAAAAGAGGCGGGAGCUCCAAACCGCCAUUAAAGAUAUAGAGAGACCCUAACCUAACUCUUUCCCUAUCCUUAACUGUGAGUGGAAGUGACGCCCCCAUUUGGAGUAACCAUGCCCCUUCUGGAGGAACCCCACCCUCUUUUGGAGAUUCGGCCCCCAUUUGGAGGUCUCCGGCCUGCAGUUAUACCUACUUGUUUUUCCCCCUAACUGAAAUAAUGGCUUAAAAAUGUUAAUCUAAUUUGAAUUUUGGUAAUAUUUUUCUUAUUAACAAUUUUUUAUUGAUUUACUUAUUGAAAAGAGAAAAACAAAACAUAAACACUACAGUUCAAAAGUUUAGGGUCACUUAUUCUUUAUUUGUAUUUAUUUUUUUUUUUCCCCCCCACACUUUAGAAUAAUUGUAAAGUCAUCACAACUAUGGAAUAAUAGAAAUGGAAAUUUGGGAAUUAUGUUGUGACUAAAAAAAUCCAAAAUAAAUCAAAACUGUGUUAUAUUUUAGCAUCUUCAAAGUGGCCACACUUUGCCUCGAUUUUACAGAAAUGUACUCUUGGCAUUUCUCAACCAACUUCUUGAGGUAUCACCCUGGGAUGCUUUUUAAACAGUAUUGAAGGAGUUCCCAUCUAUAUGCUGGGCACUUAGUGGCUGCUUUUCUUAAUUAUUCGGUCCAAGUCAUCCAUUUCAAAAACAUUUUUUUUAUUAUAAAAUUUUAGUUUUGUAAUUAAAUUAUGUUGGCACAAUUAUAUUUUUGUCUACAAAGCUAAUUUCAAACAUUUAAGCAUACGCCUUCAGGUCAAAAGGUUUUUUUAGAUCAUGAGAAACAUUUCAGGCAAGUGACCCCAAACUUUUGAACGGUAGUGAUAAUAAGAAUCAACAAUUAACCACCACUAUCACCCCUCCCAAUCCCCAACCCCACCCUGGCCCCCAACAACAUCCCAGUGGUCGUACAUGAUUAUAGACACACAAAAAUAUAAAAAAUAACAAUCACACAUCCAGCAACAUCAGAUAUCCGCCCCAUUUCUCCAUAAACAAAUUCAAUUUCCCUAGUCUUCUAAAUGACUCUUCUUCAAAGGCCACCACCCUCCCCAUCUCCGAGCACCACUCCUGAAAUGAGGGCGCUCCAGCUGACCUCCAACCUGUUAAAAGAAUCUGUCUGGCGAUCAUGACGCUGGUUAGGACCCAACUCUUUAUGUGUCUGUUCUCAACAUCGAUGACCGCCCCAUUGCCCAGAAUACAGAGUCUGGGGCAAAAUGAAACCCGAGUGCCCAGUACAUCACACACAAGACUCUGAACCUUCAACCAAAAUUCCUGGAUCUUAACACGCCCCCAAAAGACAUGGGUUAUUUCUCCAUCCUCAGAUUGGCAUCGCCAGCAGAUGGGUGUGUCUUUAAAACCAAGCCUAUACAAUCUAGAGGGGGUCCAAAAGAAUCGAUGUAAAAUCUUGAAUUGCAUAAGGCACACCCUUACAUCUCUAGAUGCAAACUUGACACUUUUUAGAAUCCUAGCCCACUCUCCCUCCUCCAAUACCAAGUUUAAAUCUUUCUCCCAUAAUCUCUUGAGAAAAUUUGAAGCUCCAUCCCCCAGACUCUGAAUUAGCAGGGAGUAAUACACUGAUGCCUCAUGACCUUUUCCAAAAGCAGUAAUCACCACUCCCAGAGUAUCUGCCGCUUUAGGGGGGUGUAUGCUACUCCCAAAAAUAGUACAGAGCAGGUGGCGCAGCUGUAAAUACCUAAAGAACUGAGAUCUUGGAAUCCCAAAAUGUUGAACCAGAUUUUCAAAGGAUCUCAACACUCCGCUCUCAUAUAGGCCACUGAGUGUAUUAACCUCCCUCACAAUCCACUCUGAACAGCAGAAAGGGGACUUAUUAUACAUAAUUUGGGCCAUAAGCUCGAGGCAACAUUUAAAUAAAUGUCCGAAUUAAACACUCUCGACACUUUUGUCCAUACCGAGUGUAAAUGCGAGAUAACGGGGUGUAAUUUAACUUCUCCGGAUAGUUUGAUAGAAAGGCUUUGCAAUGGUGAAGUAGGGGCAAGAACUUCCUGUUCAAUACAAAACCAGGGAGGGGCUCUCUCAGGUGGAAGUGACCAGUGAGCCAAAUAUCUGAGACUGAAUGCAUAAUAAAACAAAAUCUUGUUUAGGCCUAGCCCACCUUUGUCAAUCGGCCAAUGCAGCUUACUGAAAUGUAAUCUGGGAUGUUUCCCAUUCCAAAUGAAGGACUUCGCUAUGCUAUCAAAUUGCUUGAAAUAAGUGAGGGGGGCAUCUAUAGGGAGGGACUGUAGUAGGUAGUUGAAUUUUGGAAUACAGUUCAUUUUAAUAACAUUAAUCUUCCCAGUCAUCGAUAAAUGUAAUGAAGCCCACCUGCCCACAUCGCUCAAACCUUUUAUUAAAGGGUCAAAAUUAACUCUAAAUAAAUCACACAAAUUUGCUGGGAAUAAAAUACCCAAAUACUUAAUGCCCUGUUUGGGCCACUGAAAGGCACCUGGCUGAAAAGCUAUUAUUGGGCAGUACGCUGUCAGAGCCAAAGCUUCAGAUUUAGACCAGUUUACUCUGUAUCCUGAGAACUUAGAAAAGGAAUGAAUAAUUCUGUGAAGGCAAGGCAUAGAUCUAGAAGGGUCAGAGACUAGUAAUAAAAUAUCUGCGUGAAGCAGAAGUUUAUGUGCCACACCUCCUGCCAUCACCCGUGGAAAAUCAUCCUCUUUUCUUAUCAUGGCUGCUAAUGGUUCCAGGGCAAGACAGAACAAUAAUGGGGAAAGAGGGCAACCCUGCCGGGUGCCCCUAUCCAGAGUAAAAUAAUCUGAAAUUAAUCCAUUUAUUUGUACCGCCGCUACCGGGUGUCUAUAAAGUAACUUAAUCCAUCCAACAAAAGUAUUCCCGAACCCGUAUAUUUCCAAAAUCUUAAAAAGAUAAUCCCAUUCUACCAUAUCAUACACCUUUUCGGCAUCAAGUGAGAUGGCCGCGACCAGAGUUUGAUCAUUCGCCACUGACCACAUAAUAUUGAUGAAACGCCUAAUGUUAUCAGAAGAGCUGCGGCCCCGACUAAACCCCACCUGAUCUGUAUGUAUAAGAGAUGUCAUAAUCGGUUAGCCAGAAUUUUUGACAAUAUUUUGACAUCUAGCUGGAUCAGGGAAAUUGGAUGUUAAUUCUUACACUCGCUUGGAUCUUUGUCCCUUUUAAGAAUCAGACUGAUCUGGGCUUGUGUUGUGGUUGGCGGAAGCUUUCCAUUCUUUAAUGAUUCCUUGUAAACUUCUAACAAAAGCGGAGCCAGUUCUGUAACAUAAGAUCUAAAAAAUUUCAGUGGCAAAACCAUCUGGCCCCGGAGCUAAUUACCUCGCCAAGGUUAUCUCAGAAUCAAGAGAAUUUUUUUGCUCAGUUCGUCAGUUUAGGGAGUUCUAAUGGUUCCACAAAGUUUCUAAAAUCUUUAUCAGUAGACGAAGAUGUGGAACUAUAAAGAUCAAGAUCUUAAAAAGCAUUAUUAAUAUCAAUGGCUGAGGUAAAUAUUUCACCACCAGCUGAUUUCACUGAGGGAAUGGUAGAAAAAGACUCUCUCUGCUUUAUAUAUCUAGCCAAAAGUUUCCAUGCCUUUUCCCCUGACUCAAAGUAUGACAGUCUUGCCCUGAAUAGCCAAAACUUCACCUUCCAUGACAAAAUAGUAUUAUAUCUGUAUUUUCAAUUGGGUCAAUUCUCUGAGGCCAUCAGACGACAUUCGGCGCUUCAGCUCUGCCUCGGCACUUUUAAUAUUUCCUUCCAACUCCACGAGUUCUCGUGCUUUGGAUUUUUUGAUGAAUGAGGCAUACUGUAUGAUCCGACCCCUAAGAACCGCUUUAAGUGCCUCCCAAGCCAUGACCAGUUGGUCUCCAUAUAAACAUUGAUUUAUAACAUUUGUUGGAAUUCAGGAUUUUGCAAAAGGGAUACAUUAAAGUGGCAACUAUAUGAUUUCUUUUUCUCCAUAUGUGGCAACACCUCUAAACUCACCAGGGUGUGAUCUGAGACUAAGAUGUUUCCAACUGAGCAAUCCACUACAGAUGAAAUGAGGGACUUAUAUAUAUAUAUAUAAAAAUCUAUUCUAGAAUAAAUCUUAAGGACUGAUGAAAAAAAUUGAUAGUCCAUACUAGAUGGGUUCAAAAAUCUCCUAAUAUCUGUAAGACAAAGAUUUUUUACACAUCAUGAGAAGCGUCAGUGUUGCUUUAGGGGGCUUUCACACUUUUGCUUCUCUAUGAUCAAGGAUUGAGUCCAUCAACAGAUUAAAGUCUCCUCCCAAUAUUAUAUCAUAAGGGGUGCCAGCGGCUUGUAACAUCCCUUCAAGAUCUAUAAAAAAGCCCUGAUCAUCAUCGUUAGGUGCGUAAAUAUUAGCCAAAAUCAACCUUUGCCUCUGAAUUUCUGCUAAAACAAUAAUGACUCAUUCUAAUAAUGAGUCAUUAACCUGUGAGACAUUUGAAUUGUAGAUGUUUACUUAUCAAUGUAAUGACUCCUCUGCUCUUACUUGAGCCAGCACUAAAGAAAACAUGUCCACCUCAUAUCUUCCCAAAUUUUUCAGCUUCCUGUGGGGAAAGAUGCAUUUCUUGAAGAAACACAAUAUCAUAUUUCUUAAGUUUAAGAAAAGAAAUAACCUUCUUUUUAUGGGGUGCCUCAACCCAUUCACAUUCCACGUGGAGAGAGACAAUCCACUCAUAUGAACAUUUGAUAUUUUGACAUAUUAGAAAAAAUAGAUUGUGUCAAAAACAAAAUUAUAAAGACCACAUUCCAACAUUAGAGCACCAACAAACCCCAAACUUCCCCAGAACAACAAAAAAAAAAAAAAAAAAAACUGAAAAAAGAAAAAUGUGUGCAUUAACCCCGUGCAUGACAGCGCCAACUGGCGUCCAUCCCUCUAAACUCAAACAGUCCAUGUAUGCCUACGAGAGCCCCCAUGACAACUUUGCCAUCGGAUUGCUCAAGUCUGUUGCUUCUAUACAAAUUUUGUGAGACAGAAUUACACAACAGAAAAUAAUCAAUAAAACAAACUCCAGCCAAUAGGCGGGAUAAACACAAAGAUGUGUAGGUUCAUCCACAUAACUGUUCCGAAGGUGUGUUCCUCCACAAAACAAACUCCAGCCGCUAGGUGGAACCAGCACAAAAAGAAACAAAAAAGGCACCCAGUUUCCUAGGAGAGUGAAGUGAAUGUUCAGUGAGUCAGACUUGGGUGUUACAUGAGUGCAAAAAAUGCCCUAAUCACUCCAAUGUUUUGCAAGAAAUAUUCCACAGAACAAACUCCAACCAAUAAGAGGCGUAAGAACAAAGAACGUGCAGAUUCAUCUAAAACUGUCCCGAAGGAGUGUUUUAUUUUUGUUUUUUUUUCAGGAGUGUUACUGCACAAAACAUACUCCAGCCACUAGGCAGAACCAGCACAAAAAGAAACAAAGAAGGUGCUCAGUUCCUCGGAUGAAUAAGUGAAUGUUCAGUGAGUCAGGUCCACUUGGCUGCAUAGAAAGUAUCAAACAAUGACCUACUCAUUCCAUUGACUUUAUGAAGGACAUUGCUUGCUGUGGGCAUGAAAAUAUUUCGCGGCCAUCCUUAGUAUCUAUUCUCAAUUUGGCCGGGAGAAAGCCUUCCUUUCCAAGAAAGCCUUCCUUUACUCCUCGCCUCGCGUAACACGAGAUCUUUAUUGGAUAAUCUCAGAAAUUUGGCCAGAAUUGAUAAGGGCCUGUCUCCCUCAGUGGAUCUCUGAGCCGGAACCCUGUGAGCUUGCUCGAUUUCCAGCUUAUGGCCUGAGUUCGUCUAGGAAUUUCACCAUAUCUUGGCAUUCUUCGUUCUCAGGAAUUCCAACAAUUCUGACGUUGUUUCGCCGGCUACGAUUCUCUAAGUCUUCCAACUUUUCCAAAACACGCUCCAAGUCUAUCUUAGUCGCUAGUGGGUUAGCAGCUAAUUCCUUCUCCGAUGACUUCAGAUAAUCGAUCCGUUUCUCAACGUCUGACACUCUUGUAACCACCUCAGAGAAUUUUGUCUCCAUGGCAGUGAUCGAUCGACAUAUUACAGCAAUAUCCUCCGAGUCAGCUACGACCUUCGCCAGCAUUGCCGACAUGCUCGACAUUUGAUGCUGAAUCUCUCCCGCCGCACCGUCCAAACCGAGUCCCCGGUCUGCGGCCCUGUCAGGGUUAUCAGCUUGAGCAGGUAAGUGUCUUUUAAUGCCUCCAGAGCCCGAGGAUUUUGAAUUCUUUGACAUAUUGUCUUCAUAGAACAGUUAUGGAUCAGGGUGUAUAGAGUCUCACAGGUUUAUCACAUAAAAAGUAUUAAAACUAGCAAAGUGUGCAGAGCUCACCGUUCAGACGUCCGAACUUUGCAUAGCGCCACAUGACUGGCCAAUUUUGGUAAUAUUAAAGUAAAAAAUUUGUUUCUCAGCUCUGUUGACAGCCCUUCUGCCCAACAUCUCCUUUUAUGUUCCACUGAAGAAAAAAAAAAAAAUCAUAAGGGUUUGAAACAACAUGAUUAAUUUUCAUUUUGGGGUGAACUAUCCCUUUAGGUUAUAUAGGCAAACUGUUGUUCAUAUGACUAAAAGGUUGAGAUUAAGGCGUCCUGUUUAGUAUACCUGCUUCCAGUUCUUUCUCAAACUUUGGCUUCUGCUGGAUUGGUGACUACAGCAUGGUGCAUGAUAUGUUCCUCUCUGAGUAACUUGUGAAAAUGCUUAUUUCCAUGUGUAGGAAAGACCAAAAACCACAUUAAUCCAUGUGCCAGUAUUUUCACUUUAAUGUACUUUUAGCCUGCUACCGGAUCAAGCUCGAGAACCUCAAAGUCUCUGCUAUUAUGUUCUUAUUUUCAUUAUUUGCUAUUUAUUUUGCUUUGCAGAUAUUCAAUUACUAUUUUUUAUUUUUUUUUUUUAAUUCAGAAGAUUUUAUUUACACCUUUUUAUAUUUCUAAAUGAAUAGACAGUUCACUAGAGGUACUUUGUGUUAGAUGUAAUUUAAAAAAAAAAAUUAUGAAGGUUUUCAAAUGUAAGGUACAGUAUGAUGAAUGUUCAGACUGCACAAUGUUGUAUAUUGAGGAAAACAACUCAGCUUGACAACUGACAUGGCAUAAUGUGUUACCCAUACUUGAUAUGUUAAGCAUCUAGAACUAUUCUUUGACUAACCAAAUUUGAUAAAUUAGAUUGUGAAAAUGUGCAGUUUUCAAUGGAAAUGUUUUAUAUUUACUUCACAAAAGGAGAGUUUGGAAUCAGAUUAUGAAAAUCAGAUUAUAUCAUAAUGUCUUAAAUUCCCAUCGUUUGUUUGCUUUAUGCAUGCACUUUUUUUAUGCUGCAUUGUACGCCAUUUUGCUAGAUUAUUUGUCUGCUUGCAGUUGCCUUGUGAUUUCUUUGUGACCCGCACUUUGGUUAAGAGUCUUUUGUGAACACAUUAUUUAUUAUGAUCUGCUGCUUGAAGAAAUAAUAAAUUGUAUUAAGAAUGA